CCGUGGCAGGGAGUUGGGACUGGGUGAGCUUUAAGGUCCUUCCAACCCAAACCUUUACGUCCCCCUUUCAGCCCAGUCCCUCGGUCCCCUGCUGCCACCACAGCCCGUUGUGCCGCGCUGCCCUCAUCCAUCACCCAGCGCAGGGAGAAAACCACUCCAGCAAUGGACUGCUGCCUGCCCUCAUCCCUCCUCUUGAUUUUCGUACCUCCAGCAGCAGUACAAAGAGCAAAAUCCCGACGGGACAUUGUCAUCUGUCUGAGGUCACUCUGAAAUGGGGGCUGGUUAAUCCCAGUGGUGGGAUGUGAGCUGGGAGUGCCAAGUGCAGCGGGGAAGGGACCUUCCUGAAUCCCCUGUGGAGGGUUGUUUUCAGCUGCCCUUCCCCAUGCGUGGAGCUGGGCUCUGCUGUUCUGUAGAAAAACUGCUUCUAAAAGCAAGACAAGGGGAAAUGUGCUGGUGUCAAGCUCUGCUUAGGAAGGGGAUGGAUGGUGGGUUCAUUUAGGGGCUUUGAUCUACAGCCUGAAUUUGGAGCUGGUGCAGUUUUUAACUCGGUGCUCAGAAGUACCAUUAAUAGCAUUGAGGCACUGGGGAAUGAAGUCAUCAACCAUCCCCAGCUCCUUGGUGCAUGAUGGGAUGCGUUGUCCCCACAUCCAGGACAUCUAUAAGGGUUCUGAGAUGGUGCCAGCAUCACUGGGGAUGUCUCCUCCAACUGGAAGGUUUUGGGGCAUUUCUUUGGGUCUGGGCCAUGCAGGGAAGGGAGAUGUUGAGGGUGGCAAGGGAGAAAAUCACCAUUUAAGCUGUGGCAGCUUGGAGGAAGUCCUGCUUAGGUGGCUCAGGCUGAUGAGCCAUCCCAAGCUGAGCUUCUGCUUGGGGCUGAGCCACUCACCACUGUCCCUGGGAGGAUGCACUGUGCUUUGGCAUGGGGUAAAGCACCCUAGGAGGAGCUUAGUUGUCCCCUUGUCCCAAAGUGCUGUCCUGCUUUUGGGGCUGGCCAGAUGAUGGGUCUUUUGUAGGGGGAAGGAAACUAUCCAGCCUCUUCUUCAAGGUCUCAAUCCAACAUGCUGGUGUGUGGGUGCUGUGGGUGAUACGCAGGCAGGGACAAGGCUGGUCAGCCACAAUGCAGGGUUUUUCCCAUUCCCAACAGCCCCAACAUCCUUCUCCACCCGCUCCUGGAUAAUGACAAACCUGGCAGGCAUGGAAGUGGGAUUUAACAGGGAUGCAGAGCAUGAAAGACCCAGCCCUGAGAGCUGGUAGCAGCUCAGCUCGCUCGUGUUUGCUCAUCCCUCUCGGGAGCAGGCGAGGCUGCAAGUUCAUCACACACCCUCCAUGGGUAAAAAACCCAACAACACAAUCCUAUUUGGCAGCUUAUUGCAGAACGUGCUGGGCCGGACUGUCCCCAGUGCCGAUCGAUGCAGCUUCGUUCUCCCCAUCAAGAAUAAACUGAUUCCUGCUGCUUCUAGUGACCUAAUUCCAAGGAGAGGGGAGGAUGGAGAUACUGAGCCUUGUGGCUGCCUUUCCCCUGAGCACAGCAUGGGGUGGGAUGGAUGAUGCCCCUGUGGUGCUGGGGCAGGGUUGCUGCCUGUCACUGUUGUCCCCUCUUCCUGACCCAAUUCACAGAUGGGCCUGUGUCCAUCUGUUCUGAAAACCCGGUCUCAUUUUCUAGACGGGCUUAUUUCCAUGGGGUUAUGUGCCUUUCCUGAGGAUGAGCAGGAUCCAGCUCCUGCAUUGCCCUCAGAUAGCCAAUUCAUAGCCCCAAAAUUGCCAGGCCAGACCCGAAUUCAGCUCAGAGCAACCUGGCUCAGCUCUGUUCUGAUUUAAGGAUUCUUUAAAUGUAAUAUCUGACUUUCCCAGGGAAAGCAGAGCCCAGAAGCUGCCCCUGGGCUGGAUCUUCCUGCACUCUGCUCAUGAAAGCAAGGAGCAAAGCCCCAAGGCCAGGGCUGUGAGCCGGGGGGAGAAGGAUUUUAAGCAUUACUUUUUACCAUUGCUUGUGGCUUUUCCUGGGAAGCAACAUUCCCUCCCCCCAGAUCGGUCUAAACCUCCGCGAUUUGUUGUUUCCUCCCAUUGCAACAACUGGGAUGGAGAAACCAUGCAAUUCCAUGCCAGCAAUUUGCUUUCCAUGGACCAAUGCAAAGCGCUGGCCCACUCAAAAGCUCCUUUUCAGCCAAUGAAAGGUCUUGAGAAACUCCCCACUUGUGCCAUCAAUCCUGGUACCUGAAUCUUUUUGAUAGAGAAUGAAGCAGCGUCAUGGUGUUCCCAAGGGAACUGUGUGGAAUCAUCAGUUUCACCUCCCAGGACCCAUUUUUCAGAGCCCAAUCCCAAGCAGGUUAUUCCCAGCAGCUGCAAUGCAUCUGGUCCUGCUAAGGCAGAGUUAACUGAGGGGUUGAGAGACAUUUUAAUUACAGAUUUGUCUAUCCUGCAUGAUUUAUCCCGGGUAACUCCAGCAAUUUAUCCAUCAGCAGUUAGAAGGGCUCUGAAGCAGAAAGCAAGCGCAGGGAGUAUUUAUUGCGGUGACUCAGAAGUCGUCGAAGAGAGAUUUGAAACGAAACAGCGAUGUUGCUUGAAAAAGCACUACCUGGCAUGAAGGAGUUGUCUCCAGCCAGGAAAAUUAAUGAGCACUUUCCAAACUCCAAUUCCCCUUUUCCUGCGUUAGCCAAGUGGGGUUCAUUUCUCCUUGGGAUGCCUGGCGUGGCUACAAGGGAAUUGGGGUGACAUUUCAAUGUCACUUUAUGAUCAGAUGGCAUUUCAAUGUCAUUUUACCAUCAUUACUCAUGAUGGGUGACACCACAUCCCCCCUGGCAAUGCUUUGGGAAGUGGGAUCCCGGCCGGUGCGCUGCAGGCUUAGCGACAGCAUCGUUUUCUCAGGGACUGCUGAAGAGAAGUUGGUGCUGCUUAAUGAGCCUUAGAGAAGCAUGUGGUGUCUCAGGUAAGGAGAUGUUGUUUAAACAGUGCCAGAGGAGGAUUCAAUUCCCCUAUAAACACAGUAUUUAACACUCCAGUGAAAAAGCACCCUGGUAAAUAAACAGAUCCUUUGGAUGAGAGGAAAAGCACUGACAGUGCAGUUCCUCUACAGGCCUGGCAGAGAAAUUACUUUUCUCAUCUCAUGUGGUAAAAUUGUGUAGAAAAAUGAAGAAUUCAUAACAGACCUAUCCCAAAGGGAGGAUGUGAUAUUGCUUCUUACAGCACAGAUCACAGGCUUCCACCAUGGGGCUCAUCCUGCUCAACCAAGGGCUUUCCAAGGAGCAUGGAUGGGGCGCAAGCAAUCAGCAGCCUUCCCUAUCUAGCAGGGGCUCAGUGAAGACCCUGAGCUCCCAAUAGCCCAGGGAAGGACAGCGAAAAGGACAAGGUCCCCGACAUCCUUCAUUCCUGAAGGAAGCCUGCAGAGGACUUAGCAGACAGGAAGGGCUAUUCCUUCAGAGCUGUUAAAUACAGCUCACAGUGAUGGAUGCAGGAGCCAGGAGGUGGUGGAUGGGGGGGUUUUGCUGCCUGUUGAUCUCUUUUGCACCCAAACAAGAAUAAAAGCUGUUCCUCACCCAAUAGAUUCAGGCUUAUAAGGCCAGUGAAUCUGCCAUCCCUGUUUCAUCCCAGAUGCCUGACUUGAUUUCUCACCAUCCCACUCCUGGUGUUUGGACCUGCCAACCUUUGGCUGGAGCUAUUGUGAGGUGUGAGAAACCCACUUCUGAGCAGGGGAACUUGGGGUAUUGUUAGUGUGAGACACAGGGCUCAGGCUGUACAUGGUUCCUGGGGUUUCUUAGAGGAGCUGCACCUCUCCCUUUGGAACAGGAGCAAAGGUGUGUAGGGUACAGGCACCCAUCCAUGUGGUUCCCCAUGGUUCCCCAUCAAGAUGCUUUGCAGGAGGAAGGGUGAAUCAAUGCACGGACCUUCAGUGUCAUGUCCUGCUGAAAGGCUGGGUGAUGGGGCUGUGGGCAGCACGAGCAUCAACUCCCGAUCUCCUGGAUGCCUUCGGCUGCAGGAGCCCCCCUGACGAAACCCAGCUUGAGGCAUAAAAGACAUCAAUCUAGCACAGGGAUGAGCUGGGUUUGGAGACAACCCACUGCUUGCUGAAUUAAUAAAGAGGGUUUGAGCUGCCAGAGAGGUUUUUCUUGUUGUAUCAUUUAUUCAUCAUUUGCAAAAAUAUCAGGGGCAAGGCUGCGACACGGAGAUCAUGCCAGAGAAGGAUGGUGUGGCAUUAUUCAUGCUUCAGGUAGACAAUAGCCAAUGCCUAAUGCAUAUGCCAGCAAGGGAAGGAAAUCCCACCAGGAAUUUGUAUGCACCCCCAUGGUCUUAGUGGGAGCUUUCCUCAUCCAGCUCAUUGCUGCAGUCUCCCCUACAAGCAAAUGGUUCAGGUCACCCCUUCCCAAACCCACCCCACAGAUCCUAGCAGGCCGGGAGGAAGAUGCUUCAGCCAAUAAACCCCAUUUCCAUGGGCACGCUUGUAAAGCAUCAUUACAAACACACCAUGAAUACAACCACUCAGGCUAAAAACACCCUCCUGGCUUGUUCAGCAACACCAUUGUGCACAGGGCAUCACCCCCAUGCCAGAGGGACCCCCCCUCACCGGGCUCUGCUGCUGCAGCAAGCAGCUUUGGGUGACCCCAACCUCUCCAUCCAGCUCACAUGGGGAUGUGGAGCCAUUAGUCACUGUACUGAACACAUGAGCAGCUGUGCCAAUUAGCAUAAUUAACACAUGAGGGCCAAUUAAUCUCUUGAUUAUGCCUGCCAUUCACUUAUUAUGGGACUACCGGCUUUUGUACCUCUGCUUUCUAUGCAAAUACAUUGGCUAUAAUGCCUUCAUUACUUAGUACACAAUUACCCAGCGCAGAUAGACAUGAAAUCCAGCAUGGACAGAUUACCAGCACCCCGGGCCAGAGCCCAGGUGGAUUCUGCAGUUCAAACUCCUCUCCAUUUCUGAAUGUGCCACCUCAAUGAUGCUCCAGGAACUGGGGUUUGGGGAAUAGCUGAUGCUGAUGAUGUGGGGUGAAACGCUUGUAGGACCCUGACCAAGCCCUUUCCACCUUGGUGGCCAAAACUGGUUCCAUCUCAUACAAUAAGAAGGAAACAGGCAGAGGGACAGUGGCUGAUGCCACCCCAAACAGGCAAGACAAAGGGACAUGGAACAAACUGCUCCAAGGCAAUUCUCAGGUGCAGGUCCAAGGAAAUCACCCUCCAUGCUCUAAGAGGGAGGGAUGGUCCCAGCUGGGUCCCGUUGUCCUGAGCUGCUCCUUGCUGGGUGGGGGCCUUCCUGCAGCCCCCAGGUGUCCCCAUCCGGUACAAAAGGCUCCUGAGCAGCACCUUCCCCAUGAGCUGGUUUAUCCUGGGGUCAGGAUGGGGUCUGGAAGCAGCCUUGGUGUUGUUCUUUUCUGCUGGGCACUUGCUGAAGCAGUGUCUUACAGUCCCUGGGGGUUCCCUCAAAGGGGCUCAGGGCUCUUGAGGGUCCGGGGGGAUUCCUCUUGGAGCUGGCCCCAUGUGCCUUCUUUCUCCCAGCCUUGGGCAUGGGUGGAUGUGUCCCAGCUCCAGGCUGCAGCCCCGCUGCACCCUGUGGCCGUGCAGUGCCAGGAGGCUCAGGUGAUGGUCACGGUGCAGAAGGACCUCUUUGGCACAGGACACCUGGUCAGGGCUGCGGAGCUGAGCCUGGGCUCGGCUGGGUGCCGGCCGGUGGCCCAGAGCGAUGCUGAGAGCACUGUGACCUUCGUGGCUGGGCUGCACGAGUGUGGCAGCAAUCUGCAGAUGACCCCAGACUCCUUCAUCUACAAAACGAGUUUGUCCUACAAACCUACUCCUUCUGGCAACCUGGUCAUUGUAAGGACCAAUCCAGCUGUGGUUCCUAUUGAGUGCCACUAUCCCAGGAAGAGCAACGUGAGCAGCAAUGCCGUCCGGCCCACGUGGGCCCCCGUCCGCGCCACAUUCUCAGCAGAGGAGAAGCUGAUGUUCUCCCUGCGCCUCAUGAAUGAUGACUGGAGUGCUGAAAGACUCUCCAAUGGCUUCCAGCUGGGAGAGAGCCUGCAUCUCCAGGCUGAUGUGGCUUCUGGGAACCACAUACCUCUAAGGCUCUUUGUGGAUGACUGUGUUGCUACUCUGAGCCCAGACAGGAACUCCUCACCCCGAUAUGCCUUGGUCGACCUCAGCGGGUGCUUGGUGGAUGGGAGACUGGAUGACACCACUUCAGCCUUCAUCUCUCCAAGGCCAAGGCAGGAAACACUGCAGUUCAUGGUUGAUGCAUUCAGGUUUGCAGGAGAUGAAAGGAACUUGAUCUACAUCAGCUGCCACCUGAAGGUCUCCCCAGCUGACCAAGCCCCAAACCCAUUGAACAAGGCCUGUUCCUUCAACAAAGCCAGCAGCUUGUGGGCUCCUGUGGAGGGUACUGGAGACAUCUGUAGCUGCUGUGAGACAGGCAACUGCCCAUUGUAUGGAGGAUACUCCCGGAGAUCUAACCCUCCAGCCAGAUGGCCAGGGAGGCGCUUGAGGAGAGACAUCUCCUCUGAGCAAGGUGGGUCCUCAGCAGAGGCUGAAAUCUCAGUUGGACCGCUAUUAAUCCUUGAUUCAGCUCAGGGAUUAUGGAGUUCCUCAGGAAGUCUUGCACCAGCAGGGAGGACACAUGGUGCUGCUGAAGGACUUCCUAUGCUGGCCCAAGCUGCUGUGCUCACAGCAGCCACUGUGCUGAGCUUAACUGCUCUGGGGCUGUUUCUUGUGUGCAGAAAAUGCAGCUGCCCUCCUAGGGUGUCACUGUAACUCCCCAACCCCAAUAAAAAGAAGUGCUUCU